CUGCAGUCAUCGUAGCGAUAUCUUUUGUUGAAACACAAGAGAAACUUCUAAGUACGGAUCUACAGAUAAACGGUACAAAUUUCGUUGGAUGCUUAAGGUCUACAACAGCAAACAUGAUUUCGUAUUUUCUGGAUCUGAAAGGACCAUCCUAUACAGUCGAUACCGCAUGCAGCUCUAGUUUAUAUGCUUUUGCUCUUGCUUAUCAUUAUAUCAUUUCAGGCAGAUGCAAAGACGCAAUAAUUGCGGGAUCACAUUUGUGUCUACAUCCAUUGAUAACUCUGCAAUUUGCUCGUCUUGGUAUCUUGUCAUCCAAUGGUUACUGCAGACCUUUCGAUGUUGCUGCAAGCGGUUAUUCACGUAGUGAAACAGUGGCUGUAUUAUAUCUUCAAAAGGCGAAGAAUGCUAAAAGAAUUUAUGCCAUAUGUCCAUAUAUUAAAAUGAACAAUGAUGGUUACAAAGAAGAAGGAAUAACAUAUCCUUCAACACAUAUGCAGAAUAUUUUAUUGAAGGAAUUUUAUAAUGAGUGCGGAGUAUCAACAUCUUGCUUAGAUUACAUUGAAGCACAUGCUACUGGAACCAGAGCAGGUGAUCCUGCAGAAAUCAAUGCUAUACAUGAUGUUUUGUGUAAAAAUAGAGUAAAGUUUAUU